AUGUUGGUAUUUAUAACAGCGAUUGAACUAUCGGGCACUAAAAUUUAUAAUAACCCUCUUAGAGUAUUACAUGGGAAGUCAGACACGGGUAAUGAAUAUCCUUUUGUGGUAUCAUUAGAGACUGCUUCGCGUCAACGAUAUUGUACGGGUUCUCUCAUUGCUGAACGUUGGGUACUGUCUGCAGCUCACUGCUUUAACGAUCAGCCAAAGUUAGUAAGAUUUGGUAACAUGACUGUACCUGCGAAAGAAGCAACAUAUCGACCUAUACUUCGAAUGUUUCCUCAUCCCAAUUAUAGUGAGUUAGAAACUGUAAACUAUUUAAUGAUAAACGAUAUUGGAUUAGUGUUGAUUAGUGCAAUAAAGGACGUCAAGAUGGUGAAAUUAUCGGCUGUCGACUACACGACAUUAAUUGGAUCACCGGUAAAGUAUGCCGGUUUUGGAAUGACUUAUAUUUUUUCUGUUUUGGAAGAUAACAGUCAGGCUGAAAGGCUUGAUCAAACAAAACCGUUACAAAUAGGAGAGGGCGUGGUAAUACGCUGCGAGACAGUAGAAAGUCUGAAGAUACCAACCCCUGCGGUGUGUGUGGCUCCACAAUGUUCCAACAAAUACGCUGAUUCAAAUUACGGAGAUUCAGGAGGACCCUUAUUCUAUAAAAAUAAAAUAGUGGCUGUAGUAUGCAGUGAUACCUCUGUUCGAGCAAUUGGAAAAUAUACACCUGUCAGCCCAUAUAUACAGAUAAGAAGCUUCCUAGAAGAAAUCCAAGCUAUAAGAAAAAAUGAAGCUAAUGGUAUUUGUGAAUUCUGUAAAAGGUAUAAUAGUAUAGGUAAGUGUAAAAGAUGUGAAAUAUUAGCAAAUAGACGUGGAUUGAAAGCAAACGACGAUGAUAAUCCUCAGCAACAAAGAUUUAUGAUGUGGCUUUCCAAGGUAAAGCAGUUUCUGUUCACUAUCCUAGAGAGUGAAGCAACUCAACAUAAAUUGUAUCACCGUGACGAAGACGGAACUGAAGAAUUAAUCACUUUAUUAAAUAAAUUAAAGUUGCCUUUGAAUGUUCAAAAACCUUAUAUUAGUAGUAUUUCUUCAAAUAAUUUAUUAGAAAACCUAAAUGAAAGUAAUAAUAUUCUCAAAGAAGUUGUAACAAAGUUAACGAAUGAAAAACAUUACCAUUCAGUUAGAAUUUCUGGGGCAAUGGAAUCUUGCCCCAGUGAAUGUAAGUAUUUUAGUGGUAGGAAACUCGUAAGUCAUUUAGAAGGUAAUAAAGAGAGAAAAAUUGAUAAUGAACCUUUAGCACCGAUUCCACUAGAAGAUAAUCGUAAGCCAAAAGUAUCAUCUGGUUUAAAAACAAAAGCUGACACUAAGGCAAAACUAAAAACAAAAGAACAGGAUUAUGGGAAAGUAGAAGCAAAUGGUAUGAAAAAAGCUAGUCCUAAGGAUCAGGGUGAUAUAAAAUCAAAAAAUCAAGAUAAUAUAAAAGUAAAGGGUAAAAAUAAGGACGUUAACGGCAACCAUAAAAAGGAACAGAGUUUAGAUAAGUCAAACACAAAAGACCCCAAACCUAUUAAAAAUGAAAACGACAACGAAAAAAAGAAAAAGCCAACACAUGAUGCAGAAGAUAUGUUAAUGGCUUCUAUGCUUAAAUCACAACAAGAAAAAGAUAGUACUAAAACUAAAAAAGAACCAAAACUUGAAAAGCAACCCGUUAUCCCUAAGAUUGAAGAGCUUCCAAAGCCGAAGCGUAAGUCUGUGAAGGAAGAAAAAGAUGAUACUAUUACAGCUACCUAUGUUUCUGAAAGUGUUGUUGAAUGCGACUAUCAUAUUAUUGAACCAACACAAAUGGUGCAAGGGACUGGAUUAGUUCCAAUUCAAUCUCGUACUGAACUGGAUACUGGCUCAGUAAAACCAUUGCUAUUCAAAGUAAAACAAACUCUCAUAGAUAAUGAAAAGGCUACUGAAAGUACUAUUACCUCGACUACUACAAGUAAAUCAGCAAAAACGAAAAGCAAAAUUAACGCGUCUGAUUCACGAUUGGGGAGGGGUGUUAUAAGUUAUAGUCUAUCAAACAGAGACUUCAUUGAAAAGGGUUGGACAUUGCUGCCGACAACUAAAAUAAUGCGCAGGAAUCACCAAAAUAAAAAAGUUAUCAUGUAUGACACCGGUGAAAGAUUGGCUGAGAUUGACGAUAACGACAAUGGCAAGUGGUAUUAUAAAAACGGCAGGCUCGCAUUAAAUUACUACAACUUGCAAGAAUCAAGUUCUGGAUAUAGAUACGUCGUCUAUAGUUCCGGAGAAAGAGAUGCGUUUGGUAAAAAGCUCCCAGUGACGGUCUUGGCAACUUUCGAUUACCUCGGCAAUGGAGUAGUGUACGAUCACUAUGGUAAUGAAAGAUUGAAGUAUAAUCAAUCUGAGGGAGUGAUAAUUGACGACAAAAUUGGCGCCCCAGGCCAUUGGAAAUGGCAUACACUGAAUGAGCCUCCGGUUUUACAGCCUCAGUUUAUAGAUACAUAUGAGAAAAGUGACGCUUGCCUCGAGAAACUACUUCGUUCAAAACAUGCUGAUAAAUCAGAUACUUCAAGCACAAAAAAGAAGGAUUCUGAUUUGGAUAUGAUCGCUAUUGAAUUGGAAAAUAUAAUGAAAGAAAAAGCAAACAAACUUCUCCAAGAAUUUAAGCCUUUUCAAAUUAAAAUGAAAGCACUUAAAAUUAACGAUCAUUUUUCAUUAAAAAUAAUAGAUCAGUCUAAAAUAUAUCUAACGUUUAGGGAUAGCCUGACGUUUAUGAAGUUAAAUAUAGGAAUGUUAUUAAUGAGUAAUGAAAUUGUCGACACCAUUGCUGCCGAGUUGUACCAAGUGGCUACACCUUACGAUUACUACCCUCCGAAGACGCAGAGUAUAGCUGAUAUACAAAAUAUAUUAGAAAAGGCCAGACAUUUUGGAAAAUCCUCAUCUUGUAACGAACGAAAUACCUGA